GACUCCCCUUCCCCUUUCCAGGCUAUUUUCCGCAUGGGGUCACAUUUAUCUGCAGAACGGCUGUCCACGAUGCCGAAGGGGACGGAGGUCGCGGACGCGUCCAGCGCCGCCCCAGGGAAGUCUGCAGCACUGCCCGAUGGCAGGAAAGAUGGGCAGAACGUAGUUAGCUCCAACGAUGCUGCUGACACCGUCAUGGAGGACGUAGACCCGAAGAAAUCGGGGCACGAUCAAGACGCGGCGGUUGGCGCACAAGACAGCGUACACAAGGACACGCCGGGCACCUCGGAGGACACAAUAACGGAGGAGAAAGAUAAUUCGGAUCAAAUUGCGAGAUGCUCUGAAUGCAGUCUCGCUAAAAAUGCCGUGCGCAGGGACAAACUGCGGGUCUGCGUGGGGUGCAAGCUUGCAGUUCACGAGAACUGUUACGCUGACGCGUUGCCUCUUACAGUAGAGACAGAGGAGAAAGAGGGGGUCAGUGCAGCAGAGCAAUUAGUCGAGGAGAGGGAGAGUUCAGGCUGGAAAUGUGACUGUUGUCGAAGUGGAGUGGAGAGAAAGGUGACCAAGUGCGUGUACUGUGGGAAAGCAGGUGGUGACAAAGCUAUGAAGGUGGUGAAGAAGAGUGGAGACGAUGAAUUUUGGCGUCAAUGUAAGAAAUGUGAGCAAAAAGAGACUGAUGCAGAGGAGUUUGGGCACGUACUGUGCAUCAAUUGGGAUCCACGUCGAUUGGCUGUGCACAUUGUGAAGGAGAGCAAGAUUAAACCAGUUGAGAAGGUGCCAAAGAAGCAACUUGCAAAGGAGGAAGCUGCACAAGACUCUAAGAAGGACGUUGAUGCAGAAGCUGCUAAAGAAGAUACUGAGGAAAAGGAGGAACCCUCUACUGAAGAUCCUGAGGAGGCUGUUCCUGAUGUUAACGAGGUGAUGCUCCGAGAUCCAGUCACUCCAGAUAAAUGUUGCUUCUGCCACUCAAGUGCUGGCGUUCGGAUCCAGUGUCGCCGAGUAAACUGCGCGCAGUUUUUUCACGCAAUGUGCGCUCACGAAGGAAAAGGUCACGUGGAGCUUCGGACUGAUCACAUUUUGCAAUUCCACGCAUACUGCGAGCGUCAUCGCGACUGCACCGAGGAUAUCGGUGACCUAUUAGCCAAGCUAAUCACGCGCCCCAUCCGGUUACUUGUUGGUCGUGACGACAUGCGCAGAUUCGGUACUGUUGCCAAACACUUGCCGGAUUAUACCAGUGCUGCUGUGAUAAUGCGCGACGUGGCCGCGUUGAUGGUUGGGUACUGCAAUAAAGGUCUGCGUGCUAGCAAGAGUGAGCCAGCGGACUACAAUGUGAAGCAUCUUCAAGUACUCCAGUUCUUCUUGAGUCACGUGCCACAGCUCGAAAAGGUGUACGCGCUCCCACCGACGCCUGUGCAAGACUUUGUGAAUGACAAGAAGCUGUUUCGACGUCUUGAACGAGCGUUCAACCCGCCGAGAUACUUGGCCAAAUUCCCUGGUCCAUUCAGUCAGCAAUACACUUGCGAUGUCUGUCUGGAUCCUUUCCACGAGCAACAACACUUAUUCUACUGCUCUGGAUGUGAAGAUGAGUCUGGAGUUCUGCACGUCCAGCAUUGGAGAUGCACUAAACGUCGAUCAAAUGUUCGUGAGCGUGAACGAUACUUACAAGUGGCGGGGAAUAAUGGGGCCAAGAAGAAAAGAAACGCGAUCUCAGUUAUCCAGAACGGCGUGCGGAAGGAUAUUAUGCUGCCUAAGGGCCUUCCAAGCAUGACGGACGACAUUAUUUGCGGCGUCUGUCGUUCUCCGGUUGAUGCGCGUGGGUUGAUUGCAUCCCGUAAAGAAGCAAAACGUUUGGACUUUGAGAAAAAGGAGAGCAAGUUUGUGCAGAACGGUUGCUAUAUCAACCCGGGUGGUGCCAGAGGAUAUAGUGGCUACUCGUACAACACAGGAUCCAACGCCUCAACUCGCAAACCACCAAGACCAACUGAUGGGAAAACCAGCGGUAGCUUAACAGCAGCUCAGCAAGCUCUGGGACCCCCGAAGAUGGACCGAAUUAACGUUCAACGCACGACGAGGUGGCUGGCUUGCGUGGCGCAGAUUAUUCGCCUCACUGGCGCCCCUGCUAUGGCUCCAAUAUCGACAGCAACUAGCCUCGCGGCCAAUGUUUCAGCCACUACUACACCUUCAGCAGUGAAUGAUGCGACCAAAUCAACACCGACCGUACCAGCAUUGCCUACUCUAGCGAAGUCUGAUACCAACGGUGUGAUUAAGACAGAACCGGAAGCAGAGAAGGCGCCAACGCCCACCAGCACGCGAUCAUCGAAGAUCAAGGAUUCGUCACUGGUGACGCCCGCGAUGCAGGCGCUCUUUGAUGAAGCGAUGCGACUAGUUCGACCUUACGAUUCCUAUGCACUGAGCAAACUAGAAACCGCGCACGAUAUGCUUCUCCACCGCAGUGGACCUGGCGUCGCAGUGCUGCGUAUGCUCACACACGAAUACACGCGCUUCGUGUAUAUCAAGCACACUCGCGCCGUGGAGAAGGCACGCAAUGAGAAACGCAAACGCGCCGAGCACGAAGCGCAUGAACAUCGCGAAAAGGAGCGUAAGCGCAUGAGCCUGGAGGCCGAGCGAGCGCUCAAGAAGCAAAUGCUGGCGAUGCGCAACAAACAACGUCAACACCUCAAGGCCACGUCGUCCAAGUAAGAAGGUAACAAGAGUUCUGGACAACUUUUGAUUGAUACACAAUACGAGAGUAGUGGGCGUUUCGUCGCGCCCGAAUAGACGGUACGAAUACAAUCAAACCUGCCCAGGUAACAUUUAUCUAGUCAUCCUC